UAGGAUAUGAAGGUCUAAACCAAUCGCCUAUAAAUGCCUUCUGAGUGUACUUUGCCUAGCAGUGCGUUUUUGACAUCAACUGUCAGUGCGUCUCCGGCAUAAUGAAUAUUUACGUAGCGAUAUCGUGCCUCCUCGCCUUGACGGCGUCUGUCGCGGCUGACGGACUAUUGGGAGGAGGACUAGUAUACGCACCGGGUCAUGCCUCAGUAGAUUAUUAUGCCUAUCCCAGAUAUGCCUUCGAGUAUGCAGUGAGAGACCCUCACACGGGAGACAACAAGGCACAAUGGGAGAAACGAGACGGAGACGUAGUUAAAGGAGCUUACUCACUGGUGGAGCCAGACGGCAGUUUACGUAUAGUAGAAUAUUGGGCAGACGAUAAAUCAGGUUUCAAUGCUGUCGUGAAGCGCCUUGGACCGAACCUGCACCCCGUGUCAGCGCCAGCGUCCAUCUACAAAGCGCCCAUUCCAGUAUUAGGACAUGGUUCAGCCAUUGCCCCAAUUUCCGUUGGACCUAUAGCCAAACUGGGAGGAUUAGCUGGCGCGCCUCUCAUAUCAGGCCCAAUUAUUGGGGGAGCUGUAUCUUCUGCUAAUCUUAUAAAAGCGGCUCCCAUAGCAGUGGCGCCCAUCGCCCCGAUAGCACCAAUAAUCAAAACACCGAUUGCGCCAAUUGCACCCAUUGGAUAUGGAUCAUUAGGAGCGAUUGCAAAACCCAUUGCACCCAUAGCUCCAUUAUUGCCCUCAUACGGAGGACUUCCCGGCCCCAUUUACAAGGCUGGCCCAGUAUACUCUGCUCCUCUGCCGGGUCCCAUAAUCAAAUCUGGACCAAUACUAACAGAAGGUUUGGGAGGUUACUCAGGUCUGCCUCUGUUGAAAGCGCCUAUUAAUUUGGCCGGCAUCGGAGGAUACGCAGGAUUGAAGGGCGAUGGUCUUUUAGGUUAUGGCGGUUAUGGAGGCCUGAAGGGUGACGGUCUAGGAUAUGGAAGCAUUGCGGGCCUGAAAGGUGAUGGCUUACUAGGAUAUGGAGGCUUAGGAGGACUGAAAGGCGAUGCUCUGAUCGGAUUAGGCGGAUACGGAGGCCUGAAAGGCGAUGCUCUGGCAGGGUACGCCGGCCUCGGGAACUUGGGCGGUGGAUACAUCAAAGCACCUAUUGGAGUCAGUGGAACAUUAGGUGACCUUGGCCACGGUAUUCUUAAUACGUGGGGCGCUGGCGGCUCAAUAGGAUCUCUUUAUGGCAAACACUGAUUAAUUUUAUACCUAACCUAGAGAAAUUUCAACUUGAUGCCGCUGUCCAUUGCUACUACUACUACUUCUAUACUUUACUAAGUUGAGUCCCCUUUAGAGAAUGAAAGGAGGACGUUAAAGUCAAGUAACUUUUGUACAUAAGCUAUUUAUGUUACUAAUUAUAAGUCAGACUAGCACUAAUAAAGCAUAGACCACCAUGUGGUUAUA